AUGGAUUAUUCCCUGUCUUUGGCGCUCGACUAUAGCCUAAGAGGCUUUGCCGUCUCGCUAUUUGGUACACUGUGGAUAGCCCUGGUCUUUUGGUAUCUAGCGGCCUAUCUCAUUUCUCCUUUACGCAGGAUCCCUGGUCCUUUUCUCGCGGGAUGGACCAACCUCUGGCGGAUUUACCAUGUUACGCAGGGACAGUCUCAGGUGGUCCUCCAUGAGCUUCACCGGAAAUACGGCCCUGUGGUGCGUAUAGCCCCUAAUGUCGUCGACUUGGAUCUACCGGAGAUGAUCAAAACAAUCUACAACACGAAAGGGGACUAUCGAAAGACCGAAUUUUACCAUGGCAGUAGUGCCAAAAGCAACGGCCGAAUUAUUUACAACUUAUUCAGCGAGUGUGACCCUGAUAUCCACGCGCAGCAAAAGCGACCUAUUGCUAAAUAUUACUCCUUGACGGGUGUCCUGCCCCUUGAGCCUCAUAUUGAUGAGGUGAUCAACUACCUCUGUCAGAGGCUGGAAGAGGAGUUCAUCGAUGGAUCGAACGCUGGCACAACAUGCAAAUUAGACCAGUGGCUACUGUUCUACACAUGGGACGUGGUAGGACAAGCCACCUUCAGCGAGCCCAUCGGCUAUCUUAAGAACGGUUUUGACUUUGAUGGCACGAUCGCUAUCUCUGACACCGCCAUGGACUAUUUCUCUCUCGUUGGACAGCUUCCAGUCUUGGACCAUCUCCUGGACAAGAAUCCUAUUUAUCGAAUCGGGCCCCCGGCCUUCGGUAAUAUCACCAACAUCUCGAUACAACAUCUGCUUGACCGAUUGCAAGGCAAGGACACCAGCUACCACGACGCAAGUAAGCCCGAUUUCUUAGACAGGUUCAUCGAUGCCAAAGACAAAUACCCCAACGUUGUCGAUGACAGCCAAAUUAUCUCGUACCUCAUGAUCAACAUGAUCGCUGGUGCAGAUACAACAGCCAUCACGCUGAAUGCGGCCCUUUAUUUCGCUUUGAAGAACCCUCGGGUGUGGACACGCCUGCAACAGGAGGUUCUUGCCUGCCAAUCCAGUCUGGAUGCUGCACGGUCGGCCGUGCCAUACAACAUUGCAAGCGCCCUUCCGUACCUCAACGCGGUGGUCCGCGAGGCAAUGCGCAUGCAUCCCGGUGUCGCUAUGACCCUGGAACGGUAUGUGCCGCCUGGGGGGCUUACCCUACCAAACGGCCAGUAUAUCCCUCAGGGAUGCAUCGUCGGCAUGAAUCCGUAUGUCAUUGGUCGGAACCAGUCUGUCUGGGGCGAGGAUUCCGACGUGUUUCGCCCUGAGAGGUGGCUGCGUGACGAUUCCCGGGAGAGUGAGGAGGAGUAUCAGGCACGCUUACGGUUGAUGAAUAAUUCUGACCUUGCAUUUGGCGCCGGGAGCCGCAUAUGCAUUGGAAGAAACUUAGGUCUACUCGAAGUAUACAAGGUGAUGGCUACACUAAUCUCACGUUACGAUAUCCAGUUGGCUCACCCACACCGCGACUGGAAGACGCACAACAGCUUCUUCGUUCGACAAGAGGGCAUUGAUGUUAAGCUCUCUCGUCGCUCCUGA